UAUUUAUUUUUCAAUUAAAAAACAUGGAUAUUAUUGAUAUUCCAUAUCCACUAUGCUGUACUGUACUAUAAAUUAAGCACAACCCAAAUCUCCCUCCUUCCCUUCACUUUCAAUCCAAACCGUUACACUGAGAAAAAUGCUCACUUUCUCGAAACCCAUUCAUCGCCAUAAUUCUCACUAUGCACCCAAAACCCCAACCCACUAAACCCACAAGACGCAGACACGAAACCCGACCAGAUGACCCAAAAGCGGCAACCUUGGACCAUCGAUCCGGAGCUGGACGGGAUCGACCUCGAUGCGUCCGACUUCGCCGCCUCCUUGCCCCUCAAAAAGGUUCCAAACGGCGACGUAUUCGAGGCCUCACGUGCCGGCGACGUUGACCGCCUCAGCUACCUGUUAGAGUCCGGAGUCAACGUGAACGCACGUGACCAGUGGGACUCGGUGGCUCUCUACUACGCGUGCCUCGCCGGACACCUCGAGGCGGCUCGCAUGCUGCUCGAGAAUGGCGCGAUAUGCUCGGAGCACACCUUCGACGGCGAUCGCUGCCACUACGCCGCGCUUAAUUUGAAGGUGAGGAAGCUCUUGAAGGCGUUCGAGGCCAGGCCGCCGCCUUUGAGCCCCUUGCAGGCCGCCAUGAGAGAGACCUUCUUGGGAUGUGGGGCUAAUAGUGCCUAUUUGGAGCAGGCUGAUAAUACCCAGUUCCAAAUUUCAGGUCUUCAAUCCAACGAUGGAACCAAUUCCAACUACUUCACUCCAGAUGUGGUAUUUUUUGUUCAAGGUAGACCCAUCGAAGCUCACAGAGUCAUCCUAAGUGCUCGGUCACCAUUUUUCAGAACAAAGUUUGUGACUGAUUGGAAACAACGCAAAGAAGUAAGAUUUGCAAGGGAAAAGUUGUCAUAUCCUGCCCUAUACAGUCUCAUCCACUUCUUUUAUUCUGACAGACUAGAGGUUGCUGUAGAUGAUAUGGAGGAUAUUGUGAGGAUCUGCAAAGUAUGUAAAUGUGAAUCUUUACAAAGGAUUCUUGAGAAAGAACUGAUUCACCAAAAAUAUGCCGAGUACAAAGCAUUGAGAGACAUAGACAGCUCUAAAAAGCGGUUCAUCUUACAAGGCCUGUCUCUUCCUGAAGAAGAUCAGCUUCCUGCUGGCUUGCACAAUAUCCUUCAGAUUUCCCUUGCCAAUUCCACCCUGGAACCCAACCUAGACAAUGGGGUGAACAAUUUAACAUCUUGUGUUGGUAUGAUGCAAAUCAGUGAUUUUGAAAAUGAUCUUGCGGAUGUUUGCGUAAGAGUUGAUAAAAAGAAUUUCCGAUGCCAUCAAGUGGUUUUAGCAUCAAGGUCGGAAUAUUUUAAAGCAAGAUUAUCCCGUAUGAAGGACUUUCAUGAAGGAAAAAAUGAUCUACCCGUUGAUACUCUUCCAGUUCUUGAGGAACAUGAUUUGAGCUCUGAAGCAUUUGAGAAAAUGAUAGAGUAUAUGUACACUGACAGAUUGAAGGAUAUAGAACCUGAUCAGGCUGGGGAAAUAUUUGAUGUCGCAUCUAGAUAUCUAUUAUUUCCUCUUAAGCGUGCUGUAGCUGAUGUACUACUGCCACACCUGGAAAGUGCCUCACCUGCAGAAAUGUGCCAUUGGUUGAUAUUGUCAGACAUGUAUGGAGUUCUGAAGAUAAGGGAAUUCUGUCUAGAUGCAAUAGCUUAUAAUUUUGAGACAUUUGCUGAAACUUGUGAAUUCCGAGCAAUGCUGUUGACAUUGCCUCCACCAUCUGGGGAUUCAUCAUUUCGCACCACCAUUCCAAGUGCACCGGGAGCUGAGGUUAAUACGGACCAGCGCAAUCUUCUGGAUGACUUACGAGAAAAAUGGCUUGAAGCUGAAGCUGCUGAGCUUGACAAGAGAGAUGAGAGUGCAUUAAUUUUUGACAAGCGCCUUGAGAUGCUCAUGGUUGUUGCAGAACGAGAAAAAUCUGAUGGUCUUACUAAUGAUACUCCCAAUGGUCCUAGAACAUCUUUAUUCCCUUGUACUACCGCCCCCAUAGCAAGUGAACAAGAAGAGAAUGUAGGUUAGCCAAUUUUGUUUCUUUUCCACAUUAUAAAAUAAAAAUUUAUAGAUUUGUGCCGAA